AUGCCCUUUCCUAUGGGUCCUUUUUCCUUGGAGGAGGUGGCCGUUUCUUUCACGGAGGCAGAGUGGGCCCUGCUGGAUCCCCGACAAAGAGCUCUGUACAGGGAAGUCAUGCUGGAGAACUAUGGGAACGUGGCCUCUCUGGAGACAAGACAUAAAUUCAGUCUCAGUAGUAGUAUUAAGCAGCAUCAGAAAACUCACGCAGGGGAGAAACCUUUUGAAUACUCAAAGUGUGGACAGAGAUUUGGUGUGAGUGGCAGUCUUCAAUAUCAUCAGAAGACCCACACAUGGGAGAAGCCUUUUGAAUGCUUGGAGUGUGCAAAGAGAUUUAGUACGAGUGGCAGUCUUCAAAAGCAUCAAAGAACCCACACAGGAGAGAAGCCUUUUGAAUGCUCAGUGUGUGGAAAGAGAUUCAUGUGGAGUGGCAGUCUUCAAUAUCAUCAGAAGACCCACACAGGGGAGAAGCCUUUUGAAUGCUUGGAGUGUGCAAAGAGAUUUAGUACGAGUGGCAGUCUUCAAAAGCACCAGAGAACGCACACAGCAGGGAAGCCUUUUGAAUGCUCAGUGUGUGGAAAGAGAUUCAGUCAGAGUGGCAGUCUUCAAUAUCAUCAGAAGACCCACACAGGGGAGAAGCCUUUUGAAUGCUCAGAGUGUGGGAAAAGAUUCAAUCGGAAUGGCCAUCUUGAAACGCAUCAGAGAACCCACACAGGGGAGAAGCCUUUUGAAUGCUGGGAGUGUGGAAAGAGAUUUAGUGCGAGUUAUGCUCUUCAAAGGCAUCAGAGAAUUCACACAGGGGAGAAGCCUUUUGAAUGCUCAGAGUGUGGAAAGAGAUUCCUGUGGAGUCGCAGUCUUCAAAAUCAUCAGAGAACCCACACAGGGGAGAAGCCUUUUGAAUGCUUGGAGUGUGGAAAGAGAUUUAUUACGAGUGGCAGUCUUCAGUAUCAUCAGAGAACCCACACAGGGGAAAAGCCUUUUGAAUGCUCAGAGUGUGGAAAGAGAUUCAGUAAGAGUGGUGAUCUUCAAAAGCAUCAGAGAAUCCACACAGGGGAGAAACCUUUUGAAUGCUUGGAGUGUGGAAAGAGAUUCAGUCGGAGUGGCAGUCUUCAAUAUCAUCAGAGAACCCACACAGGGGAGAAGCCUUUUGAAUGCUCAGAGUGUGGAAAGAGAUUUAUUACGAGUGGCAGUCUUCAGUAUCAUCAGAGAACCCACACAGGGGAAAAGCCUUUUGAAUGCUCAGAGUGUGGAAAGAGAUUCAGUAAGAGUGGUGAUCUUCAAAAGCAUCAGAGAAUCCACACAGGGGAGAAACCUUUUGAAUGCUUGGAGUGUGGAAAGAGAUUCAGUCGGAGUGGCAGUCUUCAGUAUCAUCAGAGAACCCACACAGGGGAGAAGCCUUUUGAAUGCUCAGAGUGUGGAAAGAGAUUCAGUAAGAGUGGUGAUCUUCAAAAGCAUCAGAGAAUCCACACAGGGGAGAAACCUUUUGAAUGCUUGGAGUGUGGAAAGAGAUUCAGUCGGAGUGGCAGUCUUCAAUAUCAUCAGAGAACCCACACAGGGGAGAAGCCUUUUGAAUGCUCAGAGUGUGGAAAGAGAUUUAUUACGAGUGGCAGUCUUCAGUAUCAUCAGAGAACCCACACAGGGGAAAAGCCUUUUGAAUGCUCAGAGUGUGGAAAGAGAUUCAGUAAGAGUGGUGAUCUUCAAAAGCAUCAGAGAAUCCACACAGGGGAGAAACCUUUUGAAUGCUUGGAGUGUGGAAAGAGAUUCAGUCGGAGUGGCAGUCUUCAGUAUCAUCAGAGAACCCACACAGGGGAGAAGCCUUUUGAAUGCUCAGAGUGUGGAAAGAGAUUUAUUACGAGUGGCAGUCUUCAGUAUCAUCAGAGAACCCACACAAAAACCCACAACGGGGAGAAACUUUUUGAAUGCUCAGAGUGUGGAAAGAGAUUUAUUACGAGUGGUGGUCUUCAGUAUCAUCAGAGAAUCCACACAGGGGAGAAGCCUUUUAAAUGCUUGGAGUGUGGAAAGAGAUUCAGUUGGAGUGACAGUCUUCAAAAGCAUCAGAGAACCCACACAGGAGAAAAGCCUUUUGAAUGCUCAGAGUGUGGGAAGAGAUUCAGUCGGAGUGGCAGUCUUCAAUAUCAUCAGAGAACCCACACAGGGGAGAAGCCUUUUGAAUGCUCAGAGUGUGGAAAGAGAUGUAGUACGAGUGGCAGUCUUCAAUAUCAUCAGAGAAUCCACACAGGGGAGAAGCCUUUUGAAUGCUUGGAGUGUGGAAAGAGAUUCAGUCGGAGUGGCAGUCUUCAAUAUCAUCAGAAAACCCACACAGGGGAGAAGCCUUUUGAAUGCUUAGAGUGUGUAAAGAGAUUCAGUACGAAUGGCGAUCUUCAAAAGCAUCAGAGAACCCACACAGGGGAGAAGCCUUUUCAAUGCUCAGAGUGUGGAAAGAGAUUCAGUCAGAGUGGCAGUCUUCAAAGGCAUCAGAGAACCCACACAGGGGAGAAGCCUUUUGAAUGCUUAGAGUGUGGAAAGAGACUUUCUACCAGUGGCAGUCUUCAAAAUCAUCAGAGAACCCACACAGGGGAGAAACCUUUCCAAUGCUCAGAGUGUGGAAAGAGAUUCAUGAGUAGUGGCAAUCUUCAAAAGCAUCAGAGAACCCACACAGGGGAGAAGCCUUUUGAAUGCUCAGAGUGUGGAAAGAGAUUCAUGUGGAGUGCCAGUCUUCAAACACAUCAGAUAACCCACAAAGCGGAGAAGCCUUUUGAAUGUCUGCUGCAGCAUUUGCAAAGCUAG